AUGUUGACGCCUCGUGUUAUGGACGUGACGGGCUUCGAGAACAAUUCAAUGCAUACACUCUCAUCCCCGUCUAUAAUGCAGCCUAUAUUUUCCAGACCAUUGACGAUCUAUAGAGACGAACCUUUGGAACCACUUCAAAAUAUCUGCAACGGAAGAGUGAACGUUACCGGAGCGCCCAAGGAUAAGACCGUGAACGUUACCGGAGCGCCCAAGGAUAAGACCCCCCCCACUUGCACCCCACUCAGUGAACCCUCGCCCUCGAAACCGCGGGAUCAUUCGGGCCCACAAUGGAGGGCUCAACACGAAUCCCUGUCAAUAGGAAUCCGUGCUGCUUUCCCCGUGGAUGACUGUCAAGUCCCAAAGCCAAAGAGUCACAUGACGUGUCAAGAAGGGAGAGGUUACGUGACCUCGAGCAGGACGCCACCGGGUCUAUAUACAAUGUUCUGCUGGCCGGGAAUAUGUCAGCAUAACACGCCAGACGAACAGAACCACAGAUCACCCCCUUGUGCUCUUGGACCGAGCCGAUAUAUCAAGUAUAACACGGGUGUUUGUCAUACCCGAGUCACCAGCGAGAGUUAUACGUAUGUUCGUGGGAAUCUCUGUGGCUUUUGCCUUGUCAAUACUGUCGAUAGAAGGCACCGGAACCCCACGACCUGUCUCUCCCACCCUCCCCACGACCUGUCUCCACCUCCCACGACUGUCUCACCUCCCACGACCUGUCUCCACCUCCCCACGACCUGUCUCCACUCCCACGACCUGUCUCCACCUCCACGACCUGUCUCCACCUCCACCUGUCUCCACCUCCCACGACCUGUCUCACCUCCCACGACCUGUCUCCACCUCCUCACGAACCUGUCUCCACCUCCCACGACCUGUCUCCACCUCCCACGACCUGUCUCCACCUCCGACCUGUCUCCACCCCCUGACCUCACGACCCUGUCUCCACCCUCCCACGACCCUCUCCCACGACCUGUCUCCACCUCCCACGACCUGUCUCCACCUCCCACGACCUGUCCACACGACCUGUCUCCACCUCCCACGACCUGUCUCCACCUCCCACGACCUGUCUCCACCUCCCACGACCUGUCUCCACCUCCCACGACCUGUCUCCACACCUGUCCUCCACCUCCACCUGUCGUGUCUCCACCUCCCACGACCUGUCUCCACCUCCUCACGUCGAAUGGGAGAAUAAAAAAUUGCUCUCGAAAGGCUCAGCCAAAUCCACUGUCAUCUUUUGCUCUUGUUUAA